UUCCGAAUCCCUCACGAUGACGCGACCGGAGGUUCCGUCCUUAGGCUUGGACCUUUCGUCACCAAUUCUCUGAUAACAAUAUCCGAGACUUCGUGUACUUGCCGACGUCACUUUCUCGUGGCCAGAUAUGUCAGGGGACUAGUAUCGAACAAUCUUCGUUGGCUCCUGGAUUCCCUGGAGUCUCUGGACGCGGUGGCAUUCACACUAUGAGUCCUUAUGAUUAAGCGUCCUCGUGUGAAAGCAAUGUUAACUUAGGGAAUUUCCGAAACCUUGUGAAAAGGGAGGUAGGUCAAUAUGAACGGCGGUCCAGACCCGACCCGGGAGAUAAAAGGUCCCAUGCACACCAAGGAUACCUCCGCGCAUCCCCCCUGCUUGCAACCAUCAUGGUUUCUGAACUUUUCGACAUUAGGAAACAAUUCACGUUCUAUGGAUCCUACCACACAAAUCCUAUCAAUGUCACGAUUCAUAUAAUUUGCGUGCCGAUGAUUCUGUGGACUGGUCUAGUCAUGGGCACCCACGUCCUGCCUACAUGGCUACCCGACAUCCAUUUUGCGAUCAACAACUACCUUGCCUUCGACCUCAACUUCUCUACCGUCUGGGCUGUUACGAACUUGCUCUACUACUAUAUCCUAGAGCCCACUGCUGCGUUUAUAUACACCCCUCAAAUGACGCUUUGUUUUUUGUCAGCCAUGAAAUUCUCCGAGAGAUCUGAUCAUAUGGCUAUUGCUUUAACUGUGCAUGUGCUCUGCUGGAUCGCUCAGUUCCUUGGUCAUGGUAUAGCAGAAAAACGCGCCCCAGCGCUCCUGGAUAAUAUUCUUGGUGCUGCCGUUCUCGCUCCUUUCUUCGUGCAUCUAGAGAUCCUCUACAAACUCGGAUAUAAUCCCAAGCUUCAUAAAAUCAUCAUCAACGAUAUCGGCAAGGAGGUCACCAAGUUGAGAAAGGCGGAGGGUGUUAAAAAGCGCGCUGCCAGUCAAACGGUGGCGGAUGAACCGCUCGCAAGAAAGAAUUAAAUGGAGUACAUAACAUUGUACAUUCAUUAACUCAUGUACAUGUAACCUUAUUUUAUAUAAGCCUUAACGUUCAGAGUAUUUUUAUAUGGCCCAAGUCCGUAAUUAAUAAUUCAAUGGCAGAGCAAUCGCGAUGGUAGUAGUAGUACUCGUAAUCUCUACUUAUACAGUGAUUAUUACAGUGGUAUAUUAGAUGAAUGGAUUGUAUGCAGUAAC